ACUAUAAAAUAAGAAGGCAGGAGUUGGUUUGAAAUGUUUGUCUUAAUGUCAACAUUACAGCGACACUCCAUCAUGUGCUCGAGCUAUGUGCGACUAUGUAAUGUAGUGGCAUUGAACUUAACGUUCUAUAUUAUUUCCUUAUCGUCGUCUGUUCGACCAUGUACAACAAUCCUGAUACUGAAUCAAAGCCAGAAUUCCGGAAAUGAAAGUGCUUCAUCUGACAAUACUGAACAGGAAAAGAGCAGUCAUCCUCUGGUUAUCUGUUGGUGACACAUCGAGUUGUCUUCAUUUAGGAUCCCUGGCGAUGAUUCACAAUGGAAGGUACUAUUACCGAGAUAAAGCUAAGAUGCAUGGCAUCAUGUCUCGGAGAGGAGUGGAAGGCUUUGGCCACCUACUUGGGAGUCAGAAGUGAUGAGGUCAACCGGAUUCAAGCUGACCACAUGGGCACGGAGGAGCAGAUAUUCCAGAUGCUGAUGAUUUGGUGGCAGCGGUGGGAUAAGAACGGCGAUAAGGAUGACGCCGCAUCUGCUCUGUCUAUCGCCUUGAAGAAGAGUGGAAGACAGGAUCUUUGUAACACAUUUGAAGGUCUCGUGAAGGAAGAUGUAGGCUUUGAAGUUUGUCGUGCCGAGAUCAUCGGAUACUAUAAAGACACGCUGGGUGUGGUUCCCUUGCUACCUUGCCUCUUAUCAGAGGUUAGAAAGAUCAACGGUAUUUAUGUCAAACUGUCACUCAUUGAAAAAGAGAACAAGGCGGGACGGAUUGUACAGUGUCACAUUGGCUCUUACGAGGACAUGCUGAGACUAGAGUUUGUUGACGGCCAGCCAGUCCGAUUUAUCCUGCUUUAUGGCAUUGCUGGUAGCGGCAAGACCACCAUCGUGUCAAAAAUUGCCACCGACUGGGCACUACAAACUCCAGGAUCGUUACUCUCCAAAUUCAGUCUUUUGGUCGCCCUGAGCAUGCGUGAAUUGAAGAGAGCCCCAGAUCUGACUGAUGCAGUAUUUGAUCAAAUCCUGGCCAAAGAUACAAUGGUGAGUCGUAACUCUCUGGCAAAUCAUCUGAAGUCACAUGCUAAAGAGGUCCUUGUCGUUUUGGAUGGCGCUGAUGAGUUUGAUAGAGAAGGGUCCCAGCUGCCAUCUGAAGGUGACAUCAUUGACAUCAUCAGCAACAAGGUUCUUCGUGGAUGUACCGUCAUUGUCACCACACGUCCCCACAUGGUAGAAAAGUUGUGCAAGCUCAAUCCGUCUUUCACUCGCAUCGAGACUACGGGUUUCUCAGAAAGUGGAGUUCAUGAAUAUGUUCAGAAGUUUUUCACGGGCGAAGAAGCGUCCGUUUCGAUUAUGCUCUGUCAUAAUUUGAUGGAAUCAAAGAGCCUUAAAGAUCUGGCGAGAAUACCAAUGAUGUUACUGCUCAUUUGCCUUGUCUGGUCAGAUGCACAUAAGCUUCCUGAUACAUUAACAGAACUUUUUAAGGAAGCAAUGCUAUUCAUGUUGAAACGGCAUCACUUUGAGAAAUCCAGCAAGCUUUGCCAAGAAGAAGAGGCAAUUGAGAAUGAGUUGAUGGGAUUUGUGCAGGCAUUAGGCAAGGCAGCGCUGGAUGGUCUAUUGCUUCCUGGUCAGAAGUUGGUGUUCGAGGCUUCGGAUUUCGGAAAUUCCAAGAUGGUUGACAAAGCGUGCAGUCUUGGAAUUCUCUCAAAGGAAAGGGUGCGGAGUAAGUUGCAUUCGGUUCAAUGUGUUACUUUCUUUCAUAAAACCUUCCAAGAGGCAAUUGCUGGGUUUUACUGGGCUAGUCUGUUCGAAUCCGACAACUGCUCCUUCAACCAGUAUCGCCGUCAAAUAGAUGAGGAGAACGCCUUCAGUCUAGAGUAUGUUUUGAGAUUUUGUUGCGGAGCGAACGUUGGAGCAGCCAAGACUCUUCUGAUUCACAUUGUCGAUGUUUUCAGCAAGAGAAAUCUAGAGUCAUCGAUUACGAGGGAAAGCAAGAACUUACCGAAAAGCAUCGUUUGGAAACCGGUCUCACUUCAGGAGAAUGAAGACAGGAUGAUUCAGCGACUCUGGCUGUUGAUGCAUGUGGAAGCGCAGUCUCGGGAACUUCACAGCAUCCACAAACCUAUGGAUAGACACAGACUUGUAUUUGACUUUGACUGUCCAGGAGACGAGAGAACGGCCUUUGGAUUUCUGGUUGACUGUGCAUCUUCAGUCAGUGUGUCGUUCCUGAAGGAAUUACAGCAAGUAUCCUUGAGCACAGUCAGUCAAAAAUGUGCACAGAUAGUGACGACGAUUUUGAAGCAUGGCGUGAUGAAAGUCCGAGAUCUCACUCUAGAGUUUGGUGAAUGUUGGAAUAAACAAGCAGACAAUCGAUGGCAGUUGAGCCUUGGCAAGGCGCUUGGUAAGAUGCAGCUUGAAAACCUCUCCAUUUCUGGCCCUUCUCUAAUCGAUGAUUAUGACGUAUCUGCCAUCUUUGAGAGGCUGUCCGAGUGCGAAAUGUCUACUUCUCUUCAGACCUUAAAUCUAGCAUCGGUUGCUGUCAAUCCAAGAUAUCUGAAGAAAUCUCUCAACAACCAGAGCGGGCUUCGACGAGUUUCUAUCCGUUCUCAACAUGAUAAAGAUAGCAGACAGGUUUUGGGUGAAGCUUUGGAAGGUCUCCAAACACAGUCACUGGAAGAGUUAGAUAUCAGGCAGUGCUCAUUGUCAGAUUCUCAUGAAUAUUGUCUUGAUCGGUCGUACCCAAACCUGGAAAUUUUGAGGCUGAUUGAUGAUGAUCUUCAUUCCGAAGAUGUCCAUCACGUGAGCAGUCUUUUCCCGAAAGCUCCAAAGCUACAAGAGCUCGAUCUUUCAAGGAACAACAUCGGACACUGUUUCUCAAGUCUUGUUGCCACGUUUCCACAACUUGAUCGUCUCCAGGUGUUGAAACUCACUGACACUGGUUUGAUUUCAGAGCAAGCCGUAUAUCUCGCUAGACACCUUCCCAGCUUGGUUAAGCUGCGAGUCUUGUCCCUGAGCCGUUACGAAUAUUCACCGAAGAAAAUAACUCCAGAGGCCUUACUGACAGUGUUACAGUUGUCUUGCAGAUGCCCAUCUCUAAGAGAACUGGACAUCAAGCAAUGCGUACUGAAAAACUAUGACUCAGACGAAUCAGAGUUUUCGGAGUAUUUGGAUGACUGUUUUCUGACAGAAUCUGAAAUAUCGGAGAGUUUACACGAAGGUCUUCAGACAGUUAAAGAUCCAACCCAAGAAACCCAUCAAAGCUCCAUCGAGAACUUAGAUUUGAGCAGCAACUGCCUUGGCAGUUUCACACCACAUUUCAUUGGGCUUUUUAAGCAGAUGCCAUGCUUGCAGAACUUGGAUAUGAGUAGCAUGAGUCUCGCCUAUGCAGAUGCAGUACUUCUAAGUGAGGUUCUCCGAAGCUGUCGACAGCUUCAAAACUUGCAUCUAGGAGACAACAACACGAUUGGGAAUAGUGGGCUGGAAGCUCUUCUGAGCGUGGUCCCGGAGCUACCGAACCUGAUGUAUCUGUCAUUGCCAGAUAAUGACGGGCAGCCUUCCAAGAUGGUUCAAGCAUGCCUCAAACAUGGUCAUCGGUAUAGCAUCAUCAGAUAUUUUCACCAUUUUAAUCGGCCACAAAUUGAAGCUGUAGUUGAAGUCGUGAAAAGGUUUGGCCGAGAGAGGCCAUAUGCAUGCAUGGAGUAGCACAUUAUCCGACUGCCCUCGACUAUGUAUUCCAUGCACAUACAGUAAUGAACAGAAGCAUCUCCAAGUGAACACUACAGAAACAACAACAACAUCCGACCGAGCCAGACCUAAAACUUAAAACCGAACACUAUUGAAUAGAUUGACCUAUGAGUGCUUUGAACAAACCAAACAGCACAGGGUGACUGGAACAAAAAAUCUCUAUGAAUUAAAACUGCAAACUGGAAAGAAGAUUAUAUGGAAAAGAUUGAAGCAGCCACAUUGGCAGAAAUAAGUGCUGGUCUACGUCUGAUUUUGUACAAGAGCACGAUACAAAGUGGUAUUUGUGAUAAAUUAUUAUCUGCUGGGGCGUGGCGAUUUUGCUCAGCACGUAUCUCACCCUGUGCGGUCAAUUUUUGCUGCGUUUUCAGACAUUGCCUCACGGCCUCGCGAGCUAGGCAGAAAACGCAGCAAAAAUUGACCGCACACGGUGCGCUACGUGCUGAGCAAAUGGCCACGGAUGACUGUUUGAUAUAGCAGAUAGCUUUCUUAUCGUGUGCGGCGGGCUUCAAUAAUAAUAAUAUUAAUUAUUGAAAAAAAAAACGCUUUCCAUGUCUCAAAGACAUCACAAAGCGCUGCACAAUAAAAGGAAACAUGCAGUAUGAUUUGUAUGACUUAAAUACAUUUAAAGCAGCUUUC